AUGUCCGAUUUCGAUAUGAUGGACAUUGAGGACCGACGAAGCAGCGUUGUGUCCCAGAUGGCGAGGCCAGGCCAAAUGCCUCCCAGCAGCCUUGUUUUGAUCUUUGAUACCAAUUUCCUGCUCGAUCAUCUGCCGAUAGUGGACGGCCUUCGCGGGCUGCCGGUGCCCCAUCAGCUAAUUAUUCCCAACCAGGUCGUGAGAGAGCUCGACGGGCUCAAGUCGUCAAGCUCGCAUGUCUCCGGUGCCGCUCGCAAGGCCAUUGACUGGAUCUACGGGUUUCUGCACAACAACGACCAGAUCUUGCGGGUCCAGCGACUGCACGAGAGACUCGACCGCGGGGCCGUCCAAGACGACGCUAUCCUGGACGCUUGUCUAUUUUUUGGGUCAGAGAACAUGGUUGUGCUGUUUUCGAACGACAAAAACCUGUGCGUUAAGGCUCUGGCCCAAGGCGUGCUCACAGUAUCCUACCGUGAAGACAUGACGUCGCAAAUGAUCGCCGACCGUCUAGUGGCAGAGUUCUCGCGGGUCAAUGGCGAUGUGAUGGAGCUUGAGGUGAGCAGAGAAGACACACAAGUGGCUGCCGACAACGUCUAUUCGCAAGUACACACGCUCGCUGUGGAGGCCAUAGAGCACGUACUGCGGGAGGAAUUUGGCGACGAUUUCGACAUGAUAGAUUACGACCCUUCGAAACAACAUUCAUUGCGCGACUGUUGCUACACACUCAGACACUACAGCAUAUCCACCUUCGGGAGCUAUUUCUCUAACUCUGGCAUCAAUCCGCUAAAAUUACUCAAAGAAAAGCAUAGCAUAGCAGAAUAUUCCAGCAAGCCCCAGUCGCAAGAGCAGCUGUCCGAGUUUGUCGAGUUCUGGGUCAUUGUGUUAGAGGGACUCUACAAGAAGCGCAGCAGCGAGCAAAAGGCGGCGUUAAAGAUGGUCAUUGACGCGUGGCGCAAGACAGCGCAGACGGCAUGA